AUGCUGCAGCAAGUUCUCGACAAUCCCGCCGCCGAAGGCAUCACCUACUACACACCAGCUCAGCAGCCACCGGCAGGCACAUUGCUCGAAGGCUCCGUCAAGCUCUUCAGCCCCCUGACCAUCCGCGGGGUGACAUUGCCGAACCGCCUGUUCCUCGCUCCGCUCUGCCAGUACUCCGCCAAGGAGGGCUACGCCAAUGACUGGCACCUGGCGCACCUGGGAGGCAUACUCCAGCGCGGCCCGGGGCUAGCGAUCAUGGAGUCGACCGCCGUGCAGCGCAUCGACCCUUUGCGGCGCAUCACCGAGUUCGCCCAUGGCCAGGGCCAGAAGAUCGCCAUCCAACUGGCUCACGCGGGUCGCAAGGCCAGUGCCGUCGCGCCUUGGCUGAGCGGCAACGCAGUCGCGGUCAAGGAGGUCGGUGGGUGGCCCGAUGAGGUCGUUGGCCCCUCGGCGAUACCUCAUGAGGAGGGGAUCAACCCCAUCCCUCAGGUUCUGAGUGUUGAUGAUAUCCAGAUACUGAAGAAGGAUUUCGCCGCGGCUGCUGGACGGGCCGUCAGGGCUGGGUUCGAUGCUCUUGAGAUUCACGCGGCGCACGGAUAUCUUUUACAUCAAUUCCUGAGUCCGGUGGUUCGUGCUGCGAUCCCGUCGACGAUGCCGUUACUGGUCCGGAUUAGUGCCAAUGAUUGGUUUGAGUUUGGUGAAGACCUGAAGCAAGAGUUCCCCGAGAGCUGGACCCUAGCUCAGUCGGUGCAGCUCGCCCAGCUGUUGGCUGACCGCGGAGUCGACUUGGUGGACGUCAGCUCGGGUGGGAUCCAUGCCAAGUCUGCUAUUGCCAUUAGGUCCGGCCCUGCCUACCAGGUGCAUCUGGCCCAGGAGAUCAAGAAAGCUGUGGGUGACAAGCUUCUCAUAUCGGCUGUGGGUGGGAUCAAGACGGGGGCGCUGGCCGAGGAAGUGGUGCAAUCUGGCAUUGAUGCAGUGCAGGCUGGACGUUGGUUCCAGCAGAACCCUGGCUUGGCUCGCGCAUUUGCCACUGAGCUAGGCGUGAAAGUGAAAAUGGCCACGCAGAUUGACUGGAGCUUCGAUGGCUGUGGAAAGGGAGCGAAGAGCUCGUAAACGUGUUGUGAUAGAUGGGGCGCGUGGAUCGAGGCUGCGGAGCGACCUAUGACGGAAUUAUCAGCACGAUAUCUAAGAAAUUCACAAAUAUCAAUAGCAUACUUGUACCC